UUAGCUUUCAUCUGACUCUGAAUUUUACACAAUUUUUAAGCGAAAUAUUUAAUGAUGAGUAUCGACAUCGUGAUGCAGCUGCUCUACGGAACGGCGCUUCUGACUACAAUCAUAGUGGCUCCUUUGGCCACGCUGGACUUGGACGUGGACGAAAAAGACCAACGCACCGCAAAAGCCCGCUAUUUGGAAGUUAUGUUCUACGCGGCCGUUUCACUCGUCCUGACCGCGAUGGCGUUAAUGCACAGCCUGGUGACCUCGCCGCGUUGGCGGAAGCAGAAUUCAGUGAAGAUUUUGCUGGCUAUGCUUCCCUGGAUGCUGGUGUGCUGCAUUCAUUUCCUGAUGAACGUGAUGCUGCAGCUCAAGGCGAUCUUCAACGUGGCGACCGAGACGCGCCAAAGGACCUUGAUCUACGCCCUGGGCUUCUAUUGCGCCAUCUUUGGUUUGGCCCUGGAACAGAUGCUGCACUGGAACGUCGUUUUCCAUUUGAUGACCGACGGGGUAAUAACAAGCAUCUCCAACAGCCAACUGCCGUUAGUGAUAUUCUAAGUUGACGGACCGAUUUUACUAGUUUACAAC